UGGUUCCAUGUAAACGGCGAUCAUGAUUUGUUUCAUUGUAUCUGUGUUGAAUCUUUUCAAAGUGCCUGUUUUGGCUAUGUACAUGAACAGUAUGUACCUCAGAUGAAUCUCCAAACCUCUGAGAUUCCACUGCCGCCCUAAUGCUUGUGAAAUCGGCAAAGGUCACCUUCACAAUUUCAACCUGCAACUGUACUCAAUGUGCACAGUAUUUGGUUUCCUACAUGUACAAUGUACAUGCACAUGCCUGUACAUGUACAGGCCUCGUCAUCUCCAUUGAAUCUGUAAUCCCUCCAUUGGCCUUUGUACUCAGGGUAACAAUCAGUUGAAGACAAUGGAUUGGGUCACUGCUCUGAAAUCACCCACACCAUCUGUUGCUUGCAGUGUACAUUGUUUGCAGCAGUUCAAACUUUUACAAAAAAUUGACUAUUAUCCUAAGUAAAGACAGGGUGGAAUUUUAAAAUUUUUAUCAAAACUAAUCUGAUAAUUCUCCUUCGGAUCGUGUGCUGGUGUCUUUAAGUUGGCAUACACCUUACAUACAAUUUUAGCACUCAGGCACAGUAGACCACCUGUACAUGUAAGUAGUUCUCAGGCAUUAUUGUUUUUACAUGUACAUGUAUUUGUACAUGUUUGGGGGGAAUUUUGUAAAGCUUGCCAACAAUGCUACAACAUGUACGUCUUAUGUUUGCAGGAACCACUUGAGGAAAUGGAUGGAGAGGUACAUGUAUAUGUAUCUCUUUCAUAUAAAUUUAUUGUAGCUGUGAAAAAAAGAAAAGCUUGCUUUGUCCUGAAUUACCUGUAGCUUCCAUUCUUACUAUGAAUUAGGCAUUGCAUUAAAGGUAGUGAACACCAUUGUCUUUUGUCGUAAAUUCACAAGAUUGGCUGAUUGGCUGUAUAUAAUAUUCCCCUGCAACUUACAUUCCACUGACUUGUUUCAUAUUUGAGUCAACUGCUUUGUGAAAAAUCGAGAAAAACAGCGUGGCAUUUUCAACACGUAAAUCAAAGAUCUUAUACAUGUAUUUUAUUUUGCAUAAAAUUUACGGAUUACACGGUGUUCAUAAUACAUGUAGUAAGCAUGGUAAGUGAACAACAUCCACGGGGUCAGGGUGGCAAGCAGGCAUGACAGGUUCUCAUUCCCUUAUCAAAGUAUCGUACAGCAAUAAAGUUAUUUGUGCAAAUGAGGGCAGUUUCCACAGUAUUCUUUGCACCACAUCCUGCCUCAAAUGGCAUUGAUACAAGUAAUACCACAAUAACAAGCUACGAUUACGGCCUAGAAACUAAAUCAGUGUCAGGGAUUUGUGCAAGUCUCUGGUGUAUGCUUAUGCCCAAGUGCUUGUAUUCCCUAGAAAUCCUUUCUUCCGUUGGUUAGUUUGUAUAGUGGGUGAACAAAAGAAACUCAAUAAUAAUGGAACAAAGUGCAUGUUUAUGUUGUAACAGUGCUGGGCAAAUAAUAUACCGAAGGCUGAAUAUCUAAACACAGACGGGCUUGGUCCAGACAUCUACAUGUAUUAUAAAGUGUCUUUUAAAACUUUUCCGUUUGAGAAGCCUUACUGGGCUUUGUUAUGAAGCAGUAACACAGUGUGCGCAGAAAUGUGAAGGACUGAGCUGCUGGUGCAUAAACAAAUGAUGCCACGUGCUGGACUUUGACCUCGAAUAACCCCCAUUGGAUUCGUGCAUGUACGCCCUGCAACGCUGACCCAACCAUCUAAAGCAUGAAUACCCACGUCAUGGCCGAGGGCCCCCAGUAUGGCAGUGGCAAUGACUCAAUGGCUGCCUUGUCACAGGUGUCUGGCGGUAACCACACCUAUGCAGGCAGUAGUCAAGACCAGCUUAAUGACCGAGAAGCCUCAUUCCCCUAUGGCUACAACUACACACCGACUGGUACCCCGACUCAUUCCUACAGCACGGCAGACAGGACCUCUGAGCACCCAUCCCUGAUGAGAGACAGCACGGCUCGAGCGUCGGUGCGUAAGGGGGGUAAACUCGUUCCACUCAAAGUCCAAAUGCUAGACGAUUCGGUCAUCGCACUACAUGUGCCAAAUGGAUGCCUUGGUGCGGAUCUGUUCAAGGAAUGUUGCAGACAUCUCAACCUGCUGGAGAUGGACUACUUUGGCCUGGAAUAUUUCAACAAAACUGACAAAGUGGUUUGGUUGGACCUGGAGAAGCCAAUAGCGAGACAGGUGGCAGCUCCUAAGAAGACGUUGUUCCACUUCACUGUAAAAUUCUACCUUGCUGACCCCAGCCAGCUGCAAGAUGAAUUCACCAAGUACCUGUAUGCCUUGCAAAUCAAGAAAGACCUGGCUAAUGGUAGGCUUCCCUGCUCUGAGAACACCGCUGCUCUCAUGGCCUCUUACAUGUUGCAAGCUGAGGUUGGCGAUUAUACCUCCCCAGACCAUGAUGAUGGACGGUACAUCAGUGCCUUCAGGUUUGUGCCCAACCAGACACGUGCCAUGGAGAGCAAGAUUCAAGAGUAUCACAAGAACCAUGUUGGGCAGACACCAGCCGAUGCAGACUUCAACCUCUUGGAUGUCGCUCGACGUCUUGAAAUGUACGGCGUGCAACUCCAUGCAGCCCGCGACUAUGAGAAUGUACAGCUGCACCUGGCUGUCUCACAUCAGGGUGUGCUGGUUUUCCACAACAACAGUCGCAUCAAUACCUUCUCCUGGGCCAAGAUCCGCAAACUGAGUUUCAAACGCAAGCGCUUCCUGGUCAAACUCCAUCCGGAGGGAUUCGUAAGUGGUUAUCCACGGAGUACCGUUGAGUUCAUGAUGACAUCCCGUAAUGACUGCAAGCGUUUCUGGAAGUGCUGUGUGGAGCACCACACAUUCUUCCGGCUGACACAACCAAAACAUGGUCGGCGCCCUCGUCGUAGACUCCUUAGCAGGGGAUCUACUUUCCGCUACAGUGGGAGAACACAGAAGCAGGUUGUUGAGGAUGCGAGAGUUACAUAUAUCCAAAGACCAGGAUUUGGCCCUAGCCUGGCUCGUGUCUCCACACGAAGCCUUGGUGCUCCUCGUACCACCACGCCACUCACCAUCAACCUGACAGAGAGCAUUGUUCCUGAUCACCACAGUGCCCCUGAUCUCACCUACGGUCAGAGCUACGCUAACGGGCAGGGUGACAAUGCCGUGAGCAGUCCUACGUCUGUUUCUCCUACUACACCAUCCUCCACUCCGGUCACUCCUGUCCACGAUAACUCCAGAAUAGCCAUCCACAAGGGCCAGUCAAACUCAAGCAUAACCUAUGAGUACACCGUCAAUGAAGACAACCCACAAAUGCAGUCGAGCUCGGAAGUGAAUGGGGAUAGUGAACCAGUGCACAUCCUGCCAACAGAGUCAGCCCCGACGGAAGCAGCACCCCAGGAGGAGCCUAAGGUCCAGCCAGAACCUCAGCCCGAGAAGGAAGUCCAGUCGCCGGUCAUUAACGGGGAGCACAACGGACACGAGGGUUUGAGUACGAAUUAUUCCACUGACACCUCUGACAUAAGCAUCCCAAGCGGCAGCCUGCAUAUAGAUGUUGAUUAUGAAAUGAGACGGCAGGUCAUCUUAGACCUCCCGGAUGAAAUAGAGAGAUUAGAGGACCCUUUUGUAGAAGAAGAGGGCCCCAAGAGAGAGAGACAUGAGAGUGGGAGCUCAAGCUCUUCGUCGGGUUCUCACAGCAUUGAGGAUGGGGAGGGGCUUGAGUAUGAGGAUGAGAUCCAAACAGAAGAGGGAUUUGACCUGGAGAUCCUUGAAGGGAUAGGGGGGCCCACUCUCAGUGAAUUUGAUGAGAAUGGAAGAGCAAAAAGGAUGGGGUUUCCAGAUACCGGAAAAAAGUUUGAUAUGAGGGAAGCAAGGGCUAAGUUUGAGGUCCUGGAGAGCUUGCAAAUGCCUGUGACAAGCGAUCCGGAAGAUGAAUCCCCUACUAAGAGUGUGGAGGCAGAGGUGGGGUCCGUUGGAAGUGGGACCAGCGGAGAGCUCUUAGGGUCUAUGCAGGCUGCCGCUUCAAAUGGAAGCACCUCUAGUGACGAGUUAAAUUUUGUGAGGACAGAGCGGGCUUCGACCGAAAUCCGGCUAAGCAACACCAUCGAUGAGGUGUUGAAGAUAGCCGCGGAGUUGGCCAGUCCAACAGACGAGCCUUACACUCCCAGUUUUGAAUCUCGAAGCCUGGACUCUUUCUUGAAUGAGGAGGGAUCUGAUGUGGGUCAGAAGGGGUUUGAUAUCACCCCAGAAGAUGACUCUGCUAACCCUAAGAACUACUCCUCGUUCAUGAAAGAGAGACAGUUGGUCUUUGAUGACAGUAGUGAUGAGAGCGAUGACAGUAGUUUAGGAGCAAAGUUGGGCGAGACGAACAAAAACUUGACAAAUCUUGAAGAGAACCUUGACGAGACCUCAGCCGAUCUGCGACUUCUUGAAGAAAGCCUGGCAGAGACGCGCAAGAGCCUCAAAGCCAUGGAACACGACGUGCUCUCUGAUACUUCAACUGAAAGUCCCGUUUUCCCUGCAUUUGACACUGACCAGCAAAAUGAGAUUGAGCUAACCCCCGAAUCCCCCUGUAGAGACACACCUGUUUUCUCUACUCCCAGUGAUUCACUCACUGAGGAUAUUAUCAACGCUAAUACUCCAGAGCCAAUAGCAGAAGCUAAGAUCACUCCCCAGAAUGACAGUCAGACAAAACAAGCUCCUUUGGAUGAAGCUGAUCUUGCCCGAGCCUUAACACCAGCUGCUCUAGAAUCUCAUAACUUAAAGCGCCUUCAUGAUAUGCCCCCUCCCCCAACUCCACCCCCAACACCCAAGGUCUCGGUUGUUGAUUCCCCAACACACAUUCCAAAAAUCUCCACAGUCGAGCUUCACAAGAUCACUAGCUUUGACGAUAUGAUGCCCCCACCUCCACCCCGAGCACACUCCAAUCCAAGUACUGGGAAAGUGAAAAAUAUUGCCCACAUGCUUCCUGAUCUGCCCCCUCCCCCUCCCUUGCCUCUCUCUCCUCCUCCGGACUCUCCCCCACCCUGUCCGUCACCCCUUUCCCCACCUCAUGCUACUAUCAUGAAGUACACAUUCAACUAUGAUAUCCAGCGGCCUCCCCCGCCAGUCCCUGUUGUCAAAGCUGCCCCUCCUGCACGGCCCCCUAAACCUAAACCAAUCAAGGUGGACUCCAGAAAGUUUGAGGAUGCUGAGAAGUCUCCUGUUCCCCCAACCCCACCCCCACGGAUGGAAUCUAAACAGCCUAAAAUAAAACCCCAGUUUGAUUUCAGGCACAGCUCUGGGGUCACAAGGGUACAAAGUUCGAGCUACCAUGCCCAUGUUAGUGUGCAACAAACCACAUCCUCUGUGGUAACCAAGAAAGAAGCUGGGGUUCAAAUGUCGGGUUUUUCCGAGGUACAAAGGUCAGAGUUCAGUGAGUCAAGAACUGUAAAGGCAGUGACGACCACUAAACAUGAGACUGCAGAAACUCAAAGAAGCACCUUAGAGUGCAUGUUAGAAAAUCAAGAGGUCAGCUCUAUUGAAAGACCUCCACCACCCAUUGUGAGUUUAAACCCUCAACAGAAAUCUGAUGAAGUGUCAGAAACAGUGGACACAAUUGUCAUAACACCUGAAAGUAAUGAGAUGAGAUUGACCCGGCCUGGCACUUUUGUCACGGAAUUAAAGAUGAUUGUGCGGCCAGGGAAAAUUCAUGUUUCUGAUUCAAGGAGCAAACGAGAAUGCUCAAAUAAUCAGGAUAAGUCCUUCAAGAGCUCUGAAAUUUCCAAAGGUAGUCCAGAAAGCUCUAGCAAUUGGAACAACUCUAGCAAUUUGGUAAGCUCUGACAAUCGGAAAAGCUCCAGCAAGCGCGAGAGCAUGGAGAGCACGGACAGUGACGACUCUGCCAGGCAAGAAUUCAGUGGUCGUAGUUUGGAUGACUUACUAAACAGUCCCGAUAUAGUUGGGUACCCGACCCCUGACGAUGACGACAGUACAAGGGGUUUAGCUGAAGAGUCCUACCUUCUUCAGGGAGAUCUGCGUUAUUCAGAAACUUCCUCCACCACCUCGGGUAGUUCUGACGACAGCUGCGUCUACCACUACCAGGUGGCUGAAGCCCAGAUGACUAAGGUCAAGGGUGAAGCCCCUCUGGCAAAGGCUGAUGAUAGUGGGUCCUCCAGUGAUGAUGACAGCAACAGCAGUACAUCCACUGAGGAGAAUGGUUUGCUUAAUAGGCAUGCGAUGGGGAAUGGGGGGAUAGUUUUGACAAAUGCAGUAACGGAGGCCCCGGGACUGUUCUCAGAUCUUCAGGAUGUAGCUUCCCCGUUAUCGGCCCUCUCAGGUGAAACAGCGGCCAGCUCUGAAGAUUUUGAUUGACCGCCUCAUUUUUUUGUUCUGAUUUGGCAACAAAUUUCUAGAUUUGCGAGAUUUGAAGGACUGCAUAUCAUUGGUAUCCAUGAAAAGCAUCUUGUGUGUUCGAUCUGGAAGUGAAAUGUACAUGUAUUUCCAUUUCAGAAAAUCAGAACAAAUUCAAAACAAAAGAAAGAAUUCAUUUGUUUUAUUUUUAUAAUCUCACACAGUAUAUUUAAAGCUUUUACAUGGCAGACAAAUUUUACAUGAGCAUACCAAAGUCAACAGUUUUCCAUUUUAUACGCAGAACUUCUCACAAUUAACAACUAACUGUUUAAAUAAAUAUUUCUUGAAGAGAAAUCUCAUAGUGUAACCAUGGAUAGUGUAGUUGCUUCAAGUGGUGCUGGUCAUUAAUUUCAAGUCCAUGUAGCAAAAUAUUGACUUGGUUACAUUUUGGUUGCCUUGUGAGCUGGAUCAAUGUUGCUAUGCUUUAUACAUGUAACUGCAGUAAUCAACAGAUUCCUUCCGUUAAAAUCUGGAUUUGUUACAGGGCUACAUUUACUCAUGGUAUGACAUCACACAGUAAGCAUCAUGAACAGAAACAUUCUUCACGAAACCAAAAACAUAUAUCCAGUAAGUUUCAUUAGGAGGGAUGAUUUUGAUAUGGCUUUGGAAUGGAGAAAGAUGAAUCUGAAUUAACAAUUGGUAGAUUUUUUUCAGUACCAAAUCAGAAGCAGGAAAGGCUUAAACCAAAGGUUUUGUUUUUUACAUUGUCAUAGUUUUGUUAUGAGAGAUUUUAAAGAAUAAUCCUAGUUUACUUGUACAGUACUUACCCAACUUAGUUUUCUUUGUCUUGGUCAGUAUAAAUACCCUCACAUUUCACUUUUCUUUACUUUAAUUUUUUUUAUCUUUUCAGUGAUUUUGUUGAUAAAUUCUCCACCGAUAGACUUAUUUCUUUUAUGUAACACUUAAGUCUGGCACCUUGUACUCACCACUGAACAGUGCAGAAUUUUUAGGUUGGUUUUUUUAGCAAAUGCCAUAUUCAUAAAAGUGCAUAACUUUGGUUUUCCAUACAUUUCUUUCUUCAGAAUAAUCACUUGGCAAUGUAUGGUUCACGGUGUCCAUAAUAUUGCCAAUGACUGCUUAUUAACACCAUUAAACAAUGACCCAGUUACUUAGUUUUGUCCUAUGUGUAGUUUGAACUGUUUAUUUGUUCAAACUAUGUAACUUUCCAUUGGGAUUUUAUUGCUGUAGGGUUAGCUUAACAUUUAAAAAACCUUUUACAAGAUAAUGAUUCAGGAGAGCAACUCUUUCCAUUUUCGCUCAUUUUAUAAUUGUCUGAAGUGAUCACAUCUUAAAAACCACCAUCAUGACCAAACUAAUCCAUCUUAUUUUGAGACGAAUCUGCAACUGCCAGACUUUUUUUUAUAACUUAUGCAUGGUUAUGUUGCCUUUUGUUUCAAAUUGAAGCAUUUCUAUGCAAGUACUUAAUUUUCAUUCAGAAAUUGCAGGUGCAUCUUGGAAUUGAGAUAUGCAUUUUGAAGGUCAACUCACCAUGAAUGUAAUUUGUGCCUGUUUCACAUAUUGUACCAUUUGCAUCAUUAGUAUGGUUCCCAUGUAAUUUGUUCGGUGAUUUGAAAUCAGAUGUUAUUACAUUUAAAAUUGAUUGUGAAGUUUCAUCUGAAAUAAAAAUGUAGGGGGGGGGAUUGGCAUUUACAGCAAUCGCUGGUAAAAUGUGAACUUCUUUCAUCCUCUGUUUUGAACUGCUUCUGCUAUGCAAAUUCAUUAAUUAAGAAAUGCACUUGUAAUUGUCAACAUACAUGUAUCUGGUCCUAGUUUUAUACAAAGAGCAGAAAUUAUUGGCUCAAAAAGUUUAUGCUACCCAGAAAUACACAGAGUUGCCAAACGCAACAGUAUAUUCAUCAUGUGAUAUCUUAGCUGGUAACCAGUUUCAUGAAGUUUAAUCUAUUUGAAAAUGUUAUUAUUAUUUUGUUGAACCAAAUCACCUGUCUGCUGUUGAUGCCACCAAUGUACCUCUGCCCCUCUGAUUUAUCUUUGCAGUGAUCCAAAAAGGGACCAUUUUUACCCAACUUGGUUUAGUGCAAUCACAUUCUUUGUGGCCGAACCAAUCAAACAGGGCACAAGUUGUGAGAGCGACUGUUGAGCGAAAUGCCUUGAAGAGAAUCUUACAUCACAUAACCAGAGAACGAGAACCUUCAACAUAUUUCACCCAUACCGUAUGUUACCCAGUUUUCAUCAGGAUGCCAAACGGAUUCUAAUGUAUACAUCAAAAUAAAGAACUCAAUUUGCUCCUACUCGUGCAAACCAACAGGGAAUUCCCCACAAUGUGUUUCCUUAAUGAGAUCCGGUCACAUGUUCCGAGUGAACUUCGCUCUCUACAUAGAUGUAUUCUUCAACACCUGUAGCCUUAGCAUGUUGUGGAUGUACUCUCGAGUAGUAUCCACCCUGAGCAUGUACAAAAGAAGGCGUGUUUUUUGGUACUCACUGCACUGGCGCGUGUUUAUAAUUGAGAUCAAUGGCGCGUUUGACACGGAGCAUGCUGAGUACACAUAACAAAUUUAUUCCUUAAUGUACACGUAUGUUGUCUGCGUACACGCAGAACUCUUGCUAGAACCUGCAUAGAAAACUUACUACCAUCUGUCUUUCUUUUGCUGCAAGGGAGUGUACUUCAACUCGGGGCAGAUAAGAUUGUACCUGUAGGUUCAACAUUGUUCUGUGUUCCUUUGAUUUAGCCUUUAGCUUUUGAACCAUCCCCUCUCGUUACCUUCUUUGCAUGUUACCAACGGCAAUCUUGUAAAUUAUACCAAAUCAGCUUUCCAUAGCAUAGUGUGCAUUAGAAGUAUCCAGCUGCUAUGGGCUUUGCUACUGUGACAUUAUAUCAAUGCAAUUGCUGUCAUGCACAUUGUGCCGCAAGAACUCUCAAUAAUGGUCAGUCUGCGUAGAUGGCUUUGCUGAUACGCAUCGUGGCUCAUCAUGUCUCAGUCUGACCAGUGAUCAGCCAAUUCAUUCUCUUGCGGGUUUAAUGACUUCCCCCCUCCAAUGUCAUUAUUGUGUCCAUUUGCAGCUUAGGGGCCUAACAGUGAUUAGAUCAAAUUAAGUAAUUUGAUUGGAUCAAUAUGAGUGGGCUGAUUUUGGAGGCUGAUCAUUGGCUAUAAUAGUACGCGUUCAGGCAAACUAACGGGUGCAUCCAUAGAUCACAUGAAGUGAUCUAUUAGAUUAUGAGAUAAUGAAUUGGACAGUAAGGUAUUGCUCUAAACAUACUAACAUCACAGAAAUGCUAUUUGCCUAUCUUUGCUGUUCUGUAGAAGGCAGUGAUGUAUGAAGUAGAGAGAUCUAAAUAGGAUUGAGUCAUUUUUAUUGUGACACCUUCCACGGACUUUGGGGUGAUUUCCUAGAUGCGCUGAUUGACACAUGAUCUGAUUACAGUGGCUUGUAUUCAUUAGGAGUUUGUCAGUGCUGUCCUGUAAGGCCACCAACAAGAAAGGGUUACCUUUAAUGGAUAGGAUUCAGUUGUUCUAUAGGUUGUAGGUUGUCAUGUUAGGUGGUAUGUUCACCUUGUCUUUUCCUAGCCCAGUAUCAGAUGGUGGCCAGUCUAGACCCCCGCCCUCUCCCUAUUGCCACACCUUACUUCUUCACGUUUUCCUAUCCUUCACUACCCAGUAACUUGUUUUCUUUUGUUCCAGCCACAACCUGUCUAACACCCCCAGUCCUUUCCCUUCAACUCAGCCAUGAACACUUUCCAUUUCUGAUCACAAUGCUGCCUAUUCCCUAUGAGCUGAUCUUGUCUGUGCAUUAUUCUGAAAACCUGUUUUUCCUGACACAAAAGCAGGUGCAGUGGUGAAAGUCCUCAAAGCUAAACUUUGCCACUAAGCCACUAAUUUCUGUGUGCAUUUGCUGUCAUGCUCACUGCCCCCCAGUCUUGUGUCCUGUCCCUUGCCAUAAUCUCUCCUUAUCUUUUUUUCCUUUCCCCUGUCCCCAUCCCAUUAAGGGCAAGUCCAUAUCUUGUGUCUAGGGCUAGGUCUAGGUCUUUGCCCAUGACAAAUACAUAGGAACAUCCUGGCAGUGGACAUAGCCAUAGCUCAGAAAGCCCAUUUCACACGCAACUUGUCUUACCCCUAAACCUACCCCUCCCCCCACCGACCCUUCUUGCCCCAGGACCCAGCCCCACCACCACCUUUCCCUUUUCCAGAACUCUUUAUAAUAUCUGCCCUAAGCUCUUACAAAAUGUCCACCACCACAGGUCUACUCAAUUAACAACAUUGGUGUUGAUUUUUUUUUAAAUUUCUGUGCUUUGAUCGGUUCUUGUAGCAUGCCUAUUAAGCACCAUUCAUCAGUGUGUCUGUUCUGUCCUAUAGAAUGGAGUUUAUGUAUGCAGUUUAUUCAAAUGUAUUCAUAAAGUAAAUGUAUUCAUUGAUUAAAUGAUGUAUUCAUAUCUCGA